CUCGACUCCCAACACGCGCAUCAUGUCUGACGAACGCCGCCCCCGAUCGCGCUUCGAUAGCGAGGAGCCCGAACGCCCCGCACGCUCGCGCUUCGACACGGAUCGCCGCUCCAGGUCGCCGUCGAGGAGAGAAUCAGAGUCGCAUCGCGCGCGCAGCCCAGUUGUGCGCGAGUCUCGCGAGGUCUCCGACGACCCCUCGGCGGCUGGCGGAACCAAAAACAAGGCGGCGGCGGCGGCAGCGGCAGCGGCGGCGAGGAUCAACGCGCAGAUUCAAGCGAAGAAAGGCAUCCAGCAUGUCGACGUGCCGCCCAUUCGCUCUGCAGCUACUCCUCCCGUCCCCAAGUCGCCCAACAUGAAGUCAGGCCAGGCCAUCGCCGGCGAGACGUACCAGCAGGAUGGAGACUUCAUCAAGGACAUUGAAAUCAAUGAUCUGCGUAAUCGUUACACACUGACCAAAGGACCAACUCAGAAACAGAUCAAAGACGAAACAGGCGCCGAUGUCACAACGCGAGGCGAAUACUACCCUGAUAAGAACAUGGCCACUGUUGUUAACCCACCUUUGUACCUCCGUGUUACCAGCACGUCCAAAGAGGGCCUCGACAAGGCCGUCAAGAUGAUUGAAGACAUGAUGACACAGGAUCUACCUAACUUGGUCGACGAGCGUCGGUUCCGUCGCCGCGAGCCGGAGAACUUUGAGCGUGAUGAAUUUGGACGCCGCAAAUGGCCCGAAGAGAAGAUUUCCGUAGGUCUUGAACCCAUUAGCGGUUUUAACUUGCGAGCCCAGGUCGUCGGUCGCGGAGGUGACAAUGUCAAAUACAUUCAACAAGAGACUAGCUGCAAGGUCCAGAUCAAAGGUCGAGGUUCAGGCUUCAUGGAGCCACAGAGCGGUCAGGAAAGCGAUGAGCCCAUGUACCUCCACAUAGCUGGACCUCGUCCCGAAGGAGUGGAACGCGCCAAGCAGCUCGUGGAUGAGCUUCUCGAAAAGGUAAAAGCCGACUACCAAUCAUUCAAGGAUCGCCCGCCGCCAAAUCGAUUUGGCGACAGGGAUAGCUACUCAAAUGGACGACCAGGAUACGGGGACCGUGGCGAUCGUGGCGAUCGCGAUCGAAGCCAGAGCUAUGGUUAUGGAGGCGCAGGAGGCUAUGGUGGGCAAGGGGGGCAGAACGGAUAUGGCGCUCAGAACGACGUCAAGUCGCCCAUUGCUCCUGCGGAUCAGAACGCCCAGGCAGCCGAUUACAAUGCUCAGUAUGCUCAGUGGGCUGCUUACUACGCUCAGAACCCAAGCGAGGAUCCCUAUGCCGCAUACGGCGGUUUCCAAGCAGUCAUGGCUCAGUAUACACAAGGAUAUGGCCAAUAUUACGGUCAAGGUUAUGGUCAGACACAGUCUCCUGCACCCGGCGCUGGGGCUGGAGCACCACCGCCGCCUCCUUCGGAGCCUGCCCCACCAGGUUAUGGGGCUGCCCCUCCGCCACCGCCCCCUGCUGGCUCGCCGUCAGGUGGCUACAGUGCGGUUCCGCCGCCGCCCGGUCUGUAAGUCUUUCGAAGCGUUUGAACGUUGCGCGCUGAAUACAUGCCUCGCCAAAUGUGCCAUCUCCGAUUGACACUAGUUCGAUUUUCCUUGAGAUAGAUGCUUGAUGCUCUGGCGUAGCUUUGGCUUUGCCAUGCCGCUAGAUAAGUACAGUUUGAAACGACCGUGGGCUCACGCUGGCUCGGUCUCGUUAUGUACGGUCUGUAUGUUUCUUGUUUCGAAGAAGUCACUCAGUGUAAUUAGAUCUGUGACAAAAGUUCAGCGUUCAUUCGACGACUUGGGGUUAGUGUAGUUGGGAUAUUAAUUCAAUUGCUCGGUCAUCUCA